CAGAUGGAGACUGAGAGGGCAGUCAGCACCUCCAUGUGCUCACAGCCUCUCCACAACUCCAUCGCAUGGACGAACACAGUGACAGACAUUUCAGAAUCGUCUCUGAUUAACUUCAGAGCUGCAGCAGGUCAGCACGAACAUGCUGAUUAUCUCACCCUGCCAUCUCUGCUGCGCUGCACUCCACUCCACUCCACUCCACUCACUUGUGAAGUAAAACUGGUGGAUGCUUACUGUGCAGGAUGGAGGCUGUGGCUCUCUUCUCUUUCACAGCAUCAGAGGCAGAUGAGAUCAGCUUCCAGAAAGGAGACAUCGUCAAGGUAGUAGAAAUGGAGAGAGACUCUUUCUGGUUCACAGCUGAGAUUGAGGGGAAACGUGGAUUCAUACCUGAGAACUACAUCUCUCUGCACCCUCAUCUCUGGUUUGCAGGAGCGAUAUCAAGACUGGAGGCUGAACAACGACUGUGCUGGCAGGAUCCUGGAGUAUUUCUAGUGAGGGCGAGUGAAUCAGCUCCAGGAGAGUUCUCUCUCUCUGUUAGCUAUGGUGACAGGGUGGAGCACUUCAGGGUCCUGGAGGAUGGUGGUCAGUACUACAUCUGGGAUAAGGCAUUCUGCUCCCUCAACCGCCUAGUGGAGUUCUACAGAGCACACAGCAUCACCAUGGAGAAAGUGGUCCACCUCAGGGAUUACCCCUCCUUUCACCUGAACUCACAUCUUGGACUCAACCCCUACCCCAACCCGUAUAAUAGCAACUCGCUGAAGUCCAUUCACUCAGCCCACCGCCGCCCUUACCCGUCUCCCAGAGACUGGCAGACCUCCGCACCUUCACUCAAACCAGUUUUAGCGCAGAAGCCUCGGGUGGCCCGUGCUCUCUGCGACUACACCCCCUCCCAGACCACUCACCUCCACUUCCAGCGCGAUGAAAUCAUUGACCUGCUGGAUUGUUCCAGCUCCCUCAGCUGGAGGGGACGCUGCCGCGGCAGAGUGGGCAUCUUCCCUCCAGAGUUUGUCCAACCAGUGCUCCAUUAACUCCAUAUCAGCUAUUUAGUGUCUAUGAUGUUUAUGUCUGAUGCUUCUCAGUCAGGAUGGGUGGUGGUUCUUGCGUGAAUGAUAAAUUGGGCAGCCCCCCUUUCUGCCAUCCCCCAACUAGUGAAAAUGCAUUUCUAGGACAAGAUCAAAUACAUUACAGUACCACACUAGGUAUGUAAGAUAGUCUUCCUUUGCACAGCACGUAAAUACAAAUAGAAACUUUGUCCAAAGUGCUUGGACAGAUUUUUUUUUAUCUGGUACUUGUGGUCUCUCUUCCUACGGCUGCCCUGGGCCACUGCCCUAUGGCCCAGAUCAAAAAGCGCCACUGGUCAGGAAAUACCCCACUGUCAACUGUUACCCCUACAUUAACUUGACUCCAUUUCUUUGGAGCAGCAGGAUGAAGCUUUUAUAUAUACAAUAACGAUCUUUUUACAUAUUUAUUAAAUAUUUAAAACACUGCUUCCAUGGUAUGACACAGAUGAUCUGUGAAAAAAUUGAGCUCCUCUGCCUUCUCCCAGUUCUAACUAUAAACAACCAAUCAGAGCCAGGAGGAGGAUUUUGGCGCAGUCAAACAUGCUUGUGUAUGCACUGCUCAUCCUGAUGGUGAAUAAAUGGUUUUUCUGGAAAAACAAGGUGCUUCUCUGCCUUUAUCAUAUUGAGCACUACGUACACGAGGGUGAUUGAUAGCAGCAAGAACCUCUUUCUGGUUCUGAUUAGUUGUUUUUGGUCAGAUAGAAGUAGAGCACAGGGAGGAGAUCAAUCUUUUCACAGAUCACCUAUCUCAUUAUGCUGGCACCAUAUGGUGACAGUUUUAACAAAUAUGUAAAAACAUAUUUCUUAUUAAAGUUACGUAGUUCAGCUCUAAAGAGUAGUUGGUAGAACAGGGGUGUCAAAACGUUUUGUCACGUGGGUUAAAAUUGAACAUAAGGACCAAGAAAUGUUAUAUUGUUAGUAAAAAACUUAUAUUGUGAUGUGUUCUUUACCUACCUGAUAAUGUAAUAGUUUUAUUAAACAAAUGAAGUAGCCAGUUUUUUGUUGGAAAGAGACGUGUACACCUAAGAAAGGUUUUGCAGAUUGGUCCUGUUAAAAGAAGUAUUUGUGGGGCGUGGCGGAGGGGUUAGCGCGACCCACAUUCAGAGGCAACUUGGCCUCGACGCGGCUGUCGCAGGUUCGACUCCCGGACCCGACAACGCAUGUCUUUCCUGUUAGCCUACUUUGAAAAAGGGACACUAGAGCUCACAAAAAAGACUCCUUGCGGGGUGAUAAAAAACAAAUA